CUUGAAAAGGCAGUGGGUUACGAUAACAGAAGACGGCUAAUAGCGCAAAUACGUAAAGCUAAACUGCAAAUUGAACCAUCAAACAAUGAUAAAGAUUCAAAGAACGCCGUAACACGUUCAUCAAAGGUAUAUAAUNAUUUCUCAUUCGAUAUAGUUUUUUUUAUACUUAUUAUAUUUUAGAAUGUAUUUGUUUAGCUUGAAAAGGCAGUGGGUUACGAUAACAGAAGACGACUAAUAGCGCAAAUACGUAAAGCUAAACUGCAAAUUGAACCAUCAAACAAUGAUAAAGAUUCAAAGAACGUCGUAACACGUUCAUCAAAGGUAUAUAAUUUCAUUUUUGUUAAUUGGUAAACAAAAUAUCUAAUUUGUUACUACUAUUUACUACUAUUUAUACACUGCUUAUUGAUUAUGUAGACCGUUCGAGACGGUUCGCCAGCUCAGCCACAUAAACAAAAUAUCAGUACUACCUUAGACAAUGUCUCGUUUUUCAAAACUCGGAAAACCAUAAUUAAAACGGAAAGAAGUAUUUCACUAAGAGAAUCGCAUUCGACGCUUAAUAGCAAUUUACAGUCUUAUUCGCCUCAAAAUGCGACUACCAGAUCGCUACCAUUCGAGGAAUCUCGAUCCAUGCUACCGCAAGAGAGGAAUUGA